AUGAGUUAUGACGGCCGAUGGCCGACUGUUCGUGCUGCCACUAUCUUGACCGCUAAUAAAUUGACGAGGCGCUUGCACACGGUCCCUGCGCGCGAGGCCCGCGCCGCUUGGGGCCCAGUGCACACACAACGCACGGCGCGACCGAUAAAAUCCAAUCCCGCCCAGUUCGUGUGUUGCUCUAGUAAUCGCUCAACAACUGGUGCUCCAGAUCGCCCUAAGGCGCGC